AAACAAAAUCAAAGUACCUUUUUUUUUUCUUUCCAUUUUCUAGAAACUGCCGACUUGUCCUUCGAAUCUCUCUUCUCAAUUUCUCUCUCCUCUUCCUAGAUUUUUGGCGGUUUCAAUUUCAAUCAUUUUCUGCACAGUAGGUGUUCGACGAUUUGCCUCAACGAAACCUUUUUGUUUUUCCGGAUGAGAUUGUUUGCAGUUUGAUCGAGAAAGAAGAAGAAGAUGUUGGAGGAUCAGGUAGCAUACUUGCUGCAAAGGUAUUUGGGCAAUUAUGUCAGAGGUCUCAACAAAGACGCUCUUAAGAUCAGUGUUUGGCAAGGUAAUGUGGUGCUAACUAACAUGCAACUAAAGCCGGAGGCACUUAAUGCACUAAAAUUGCCCAUCAAAGUUAAAGCUGGAUUCCUUGGAUCCGUCACACUCAAGGUUCCUUGGAGUAAGCUUGGUCAAGAUCCAGUUAUAGUUCAACUGGACGAAAUUUUUUUGUUAGCUGAACCUGCCACACAUGUCGAUGGAGACAGUGAAGAUGCUUUACAGGAGGCUAAAAGAAAUCGUAUACGGGAGACGGAAAUGAAGCUGUUGGAAAGAGCAGAACGGUUUAAGACUGAUGAAGUGAAUAAAUCUUGGUUAGGAUCACUAAUAAGCACUAUAAUUGGGAACCUGAAGCUUUCGAUUUCAAAUAUCCACAUCAGAUAUGAAGAUGUCGAAAGCAAUGUCGGCCAUCCGUUUGCAGCUGGUGUAACUUUGGACAAACUUUCAGCUUUCACUGUAGAUAACAAUGGGAAUGAAACUUUUGUUACUGGGGGUUCAUUGGACAAUAUCCAGAAGUCUGUGAAACUGGAGCGUUUGGCUUUCUAUUUCGAUUCUGAUAUUUCUCCAUGGCAUCUUGACAAACCAUGGGAGGAUUUGCUGCCUUCAGAAUGGCCUCAGGUUUUCAAGUUUGGCACAAAGGAUGGUAAAGUGGCUGGGAGUCUUGUACAUAAACAUAGUUACAUUCUGGAACCAGUAUCUGGAAAUGCCAAGUACUUAAAACUGCGGUCAUAUGAUUCUUCUGUUACGAGUCAACCUUUGCAAAAGGCAGCAGUGAAUUUGGAUGUUGUGACAAUUUGUUUAUCGAAGGAUGGUUACAGGGAUAUGCUGAAGUUAGCAGAAAAUUUUGCUGCUUUUAAUCAGCGUCUGAAGUAUGCACACUUUCGCCCAGUUGUCCCAGUUAAAUCUGAUCCUAGGUCCUGGUGGAAAUAUGCGUACAAGGUCGUGUCAGAUCAAAUGAAGAAGGCUAGUGGGAAUCUAUCUUGGGAGCAGGUGCUGAGAUUUGCGAGGUUAAGGAAGAAAUACAUAUCUUUGUAUGCUUCUUUACUGAAAAUGAAUCCAAGUCAGGCAGUGAUUGAUGACAGCGAAGAAGUUGAAAAACUAGAUCUUCAACUUGAUAUUGAUCUCAUUGUGCAGUGGAGGAUGGUUGCUCACAGGUUUGUGGAGCAGUCCAUAGAAUCAGACUUGAGGAAACAACGAGAAAAGAAAUCAUGGUGGUCACUUGGGUGGGGUGGUGGUGAGCCAUCUCAGGCAGAGACUGAAACAUUACAGUUCACUGAUGAAGAUUGGGAACGUUUGAAUAAAGUCAUAAGAUACAAGGAAGAUGAUGUAGGUCAAAUUCUGGAUGCGAAAAAGGAUGUGAUACAUACUGCAUUUGAGCUUUAUAUGGGACGUAAUGCAUCAAAGUUGAUUGAUGCCGAUGAAUGUGUCGCUGAAUUGUCGUGUGAGAGUUUGAAGUGCUCUGGUAGUUUGUAUGCAGAGGCAAAAAUUUUGGACCUGAAGUUAGACUCAUAUCGUCUGACAUCACCACGAGGAGUUCUAGCUGAGAGUGCCACUGCUCAUGAUUCUCUAGCUGGCACCUUUGUUUACAAGCCUUUUGAUGCUGAGGUUGAUUGGAGUUUCAUUGCGAGAGCCUCUCCGUGUUAUGUGACAUAUCUUAAAGAUUCGGUCGAUCAGAUUGUGAAGUUCUUCGAGAGCACCUCUGUUAGUCAGACAUUAGCGGUGGAGACUGCAGCCGCUGUUCAGAUGACUAUUGAUGAAAUGAAAAGGACUGCACAAGAGCAAAUGUCUAGGGCUCUGAGGAACCAAAGCAGGUUUCUGCUCGACCUGGAUAUUGCUGCUCCCAAAAUCACUAUUCCUACCGAGUUUUGUCCAGAUGGUGAUCAUCCAACAAAGCUUUUGCUUGACCUGGGGAAUCUGAUAAUACGAACAAAUGAGGACCGUGGAUCAGAGUCAGUUGAGAUUAUGAACUUAUACCUGCAGUUUGAUAUGGUGCUCAGUGACGUAUCUGCUUUCCUGGUGGACGGUGAUUACUCUUGGGGUGAAGCCUCUUCGGUUGGGCAUCAUGGCUCUUCCAAGUUAUCUGGUGUUUUGUUGCCUGUUUUGGACAAAUGUGGUGUUGUUCUUAGGCUUCAGCAGAUUAGGGUUGAAAACCCAUCACAUCCAUCAACCAGGGUGGCUGUUCGGGUGCCGUCAUUGGGAUUUUAUUUUUCCCCAGCUCGCUACCAUCGUUUGAUGCAAGUAUCAAAAAUAUUUGCAGAGGAUGACCAUAAUGCUGAACGUUUACGUCCUUGGAAGCAAGCUGAUUUUGAGGGCUGGCUGUUUCUUUUGACCUGGAAGGGUGUAGCGAACAGGGAGGCUGUUUGGCAGCGAAGAUACUUCUAUUUAGUUGGCCCAUUCCUUUACAUACUAGAGAACCCAGACUCCAAGACCUACAAACAAUAUCUGAGUUUAAGAGGGAAACAACUGUAUAAGGUGCCUGCUGAGACCGUUGGCAAUGAGGACCGCGUACUUGCUAUCCUUGAUGCUACACGUGCCCAUGCACUGGGCAAGGUCAUUGAGCAAGCAAAUGCGUUGAUCUUGCGCUUUGAGUCCGAUGAAUCUGAAAGCGUUUGGCAUACCCGCCUACGGAGUGCUAUAUAUCGUGCAUCAAUUUCAGCUCAAAUUAAUUCAUUUUCUGAAUCCUCAUCGGAUGCUGAAAGCUCGGAAUCUGAGGCUCUUGAGCAAAAUGGUGCUGUUGAUGUUAUAAAUAUAGAGAAAACUUAUGUUACUGGUGUAUUAGAUGAGUUAAAAAUCUGCUUCAACUAUAACCAGGAGUUUGACCAGAGUUUUAUGAAGAUGUUACUAUCUGAAGAGAAGCUUUUAUUCGAACUUCGAGCUGUUGGUGGUCUGGUGGAAAUUGCGAUUAAGGAUAAUGAUAUGUUCAUAGGAACACUCUUGCAAUCCUUGGAGAUAGAGGAUUUAGUAUGUGGAGGAACAUCGCAACGUCGUUAUUUGGCUAGGUCAUUCAUCCAGGGCCCUGAAGUUAGCACGGUCUCUAAAGAAAAUAGACAGAGCAGUAUUGGUGAUGAUGAUAACUUCUACGAGGCUCCAGAGAAUUUUCAAGAAACUGACUCCACCAACCCUGAAGUAUCAGCAUUCAAACCUCCCAACUUUAACAGGGUGCCUGGUCUUCUGCCUGAUACCCUUUUUCUAUCUACAGCAGAGAAAACUGGGCAGGAUGAUGAGUUGGGAAGUUUUGUUAAAGCUCAAAUAGUUAUAUAUGACCAGAACUCUCCUUUCUACAGUAACACUGAUACCAUGGUUGUGGUGACCCUUGCCACAUUAUCAUUUUUCUGCCGUAGGCCUACACUUGCUGCUGUUCUGGAUUUUGUGAGUGGUAUUAAUUAUGAAGAUGCAAGUGGUAAAUCAUUAAGUAAUGGCUCAUCAGUGGCAUCUCAACAACAUGACAUCCCCGUCGAGGGUGUUGAUCCACAAAAUUCAACUGCAGUUGCGCAAUCUGUUGCCAUAGGUCUCUUAGGGAAGGGGAAAUCUAGAAUAGUUUUUUAUUUAGUGUUGAAUAUGGCACGUGCCCAGAUAGUUAUUUUGAAGGAGGAUGAAACUAAGCUAGCUACUUUUUCACAAGAUAAUUUCCUUACUGAUAUUAAGGUGUUUCCUUCAUCAUUCAGUGUCAAAGCUUCCAUAGGUAAUCUGAGAAUAAGUGACGACAGUCUUUCCCAGGAGCACUUUUAUUUUUGGGCCUGUGAUAUGAGGAAUCCUGGGGGAAGUUCAUUUGUGGAGGUGUUUUUCUCUUCGUAUAACUCUGAUGAUGAUGAUUAUGAAGGGUAUGAAUACAGCCUCUCAGGGCAGCUUUCUGAAGUGAGGAUCGUGUUCUUGAAUCGCUUCAUCCAGGAGGUUGUUAGUUACUUUGUGGGCCUCACUCCCAAUACUUCAGCUGGUGUUGUCAAACUGAGGGAUCAGGUCACUGAUUCCGAGAAGUGGUUUACUACCAGUGAAAUUGACGGUUCACCUGCUAUGAAGCUCAAUUUAUCGCUUACAAAGCCCAUAAUUAUAAUGCCUCGGAGAACAGACAGUCUCGAUUUUUUGAAGCUUGAUGUUGUACAUAUAACUGUCCAGAAUACCUUCCAGUGGUUCAAUGGCAGUAAACAUGAAAUGAAUGCUGUUCACAUGGAAACAUUGACUGUGAUGGUUGAGGACAUCAACUUAAAUGUUGGAACUGGACAAGAAUUGGGUGAAAGCAUAGUUCAGGAUGUCGAUGGAUUAUCCAUUGUUCUUCGGCGCUCACUUCGAGACUUGUUACAUCAAAUUCCAAGUACAGAAGCAACAAUUGAGAUGAAUGUACUGAAAGCUUCUUUAUCUAACAAGGAAUACCAGAUCAUCACGGAAUGUGCACAAUCAAAUAUAUCGGAGACUCCAAAUAUUGUGCCUCCCUUGUUAUGGCAGAAAAAGACGUCCUCCAUUGACAUGAUUGAGUCUGUUGGUACUUUAGAGUUAGAACCAACUGAAGUUGAACCUGAUACUAGGGAGGUCUGGAUCAGCAUGAAAGUCAUUGUUGCUAUUAAUUUGGUGGAAUUGAGCUUACAUUCAGGUGUUGCAAGAGAUGCACCAUUGGGAACCGUGCAGGUCAACAAUGCAUGGGUUCUUUACAAGUCUACGACAGGUGGGGAAGAUUUUAUAUCUGUUACGCUCCAGAGUUUUAAUGUACUGGAUGAUCGUGAGAGUACACAAGAACAGUUUAGACUGGCAAUUGGGCAGCCAAAGAGUGUUGAGUAUAGUUCUUUAGGCAUUGAGAAUGAAACCGGGCAGAUAGAUGCUACAAUGCUCAUUGUUGAUGCGACAUUGAGCGAGAAAUUAUCAUCGAUAUCUUUGUGUCUACAAAGGCCUCAAUUGCUCGUUGCACUUGAUUUCCUAUUGGCAGUUAUUGAGUUUUUUGUCCCAACAGUUCGUGGCAUACUGUCUGAAGAUGAUGACAUUCCCAUGAGUUUAGUUGAUGCAAUCAUUUUGAAUGAUUCUACCUACAUCCAACCCUCAUUUGAAUCUUCUAUUUCUCCUCAAAGACCUCUUAUUAUUGAUAGUGAAAGAUUUGAUAAUUUUAUUUAUGAUGGCAAUGGCGGGACACUAUUGCUGAAAGAUCGGCAAGGUUCUAUUGUUUCAUCUUCCAGCACAGAAGCAAUAAUCUAUGUGGGAAAUGGAAAAAGAUUGCAAUUCAAAAAUGUUGUCAUUAAGGAUGGGCGUUUUUUGGACUCUUGCAUAGUACUAGGAGCCAAUAGUAGUUAUUCAGUUUCCGAGGAUGACCAUGUUGCUUUGGAGCACGAAGAUGAACCUUCACCAGAUAUUUCUGGGAAUUAUCAAGUUACAGAGAACCAAAAUGUUGAAAAUGGCGAACCUCCAGAAUACAUAAUUGAGUUACAGGCAAUCAAUCCAGAGCUUACUUUCUAUAGCUCAUCGAAAGAUGUGGGGAACUCGACAAGUUUAUCUAACAAACUGUUGCAUGCGGAGCUGGAUGCGUUCUCCAGGAUUGUGUUAAAAGGUGACACUAUGGAAUUGACUGCAAAUGCACUUGGAUUGACAAUGGAGAGCAAUGGAGUCAGAAUUUUGGAGCCAUUUGAUACAUCUAUCAAGUUUUCAAAAGUUGCUGGAGAGAUGAACAUACAUCUCUCAUCCUCUGAUAUAUUCAUGAACUUUUCCUUCAGCAUCUUGCGUCUUUUUUUGGCUGUUCAAGAAGACUUCUUGUCCUUCUUAAGAUUGACAUCAAGAAAAAUGACAGUUAGUUGUUCCGAGUUUGACAAAGUAGCAGUGGUGGAAUGUCCCAAGAAUGACCUCGUAUUUUCCUUUUGGAGACCUCGUGCGCCUCCUGGUUUUGCUGUUCUCGGUGACUAUAUGACUCCGCUAGACAAGCCACCAACCAAGGCUGUUCUUGCAGUAAAUAAGAACCUUGUUAAACUCAAAAGACCUGAGUCUUUCAAGUUGAUAUGGCCACAUACUACAUCUGGUAAUAUCUCUGGUGCAGAUGGCAUAAACGGAACACCAUUUAUCCUUCAGGAGGGCAAUGUAAGCUGUUCAAUUUGGUACCCCGUGGCGCCAAAAGGUUAUGUUGCACUGGGCUGCGUGGUUUCUUCUGGAACAGCACCUCCGCCACUGUCGUCUUCGUUUUGCAUCUUGGCUUCUUUGGUUUCUUCUUGUCCAUUAAGGGAUUGUGUUGUGAUUGGAACAGGCAAUGAACCCUCGAUGGAUUUACCCUUUUGGCGUGUGGAUAAUUCUGUUGGCUCGUUCGUGCCAACAGAUCUUAAUUCAAUGAAGUUAGUGGGUGGAGCGUAUGACUUGAGGCAUAUUUUUUUUGGGAUAUCAGAGUUCUCACAAGAUAUUCCUAGGAGUAAUCCCUGUCAUGCCUCACCACGUAAUGGACCCCUCUCUGCAGAAUUAGCAAUUGCAAACUCUGGCAGGCUUUUUGAGACUGUGACCAAUUUUGAUCUGGUGUGGAGCAAUCAAGGUUCCAGGUCAAAGAAAAAAGUAUCGAUAUGGCGUCCAGUGGUCGCACAGGGGAUGGUAUUCUUUGGUGAUAUUGCUGUUAAAGGGUAUAAAAGUCCAAACGCCUGUGCUGUUGCUGAAGACAUUGGUGAUGAAGUUUUCAAAAAACCUAUAGACUACCAAAUGGUUGGGAGAAUUAAGAAGCAACGGGGUAUAGAGCCUAUGUUAUUUUGGUUGCCUCAAGCUCCGCCCGGUUAUGUUCCUCUGGGCUGUAUUGCAUGUAAAAGUUCACCAAAUGAUCAUGGUUUUAGCAGCUCAGUGCGAUGCAUACGAAGUGACAUGGUUACUGGGGAUCAAUAUUCUGAAGAAAGUUUGUGGGAUAAUGAUGCUGGGAUUAGAGCAGAACCAUAUAGCAUAUGGACAGUUGGUAGCGAGUUUGGGACUUUUCAGGUUUGGAGUGGAAACAAGAAGCCUCCCAAAAGAUUUGCAGUGAAGCUUGCUCAUACAUAUGUAGCAGAUGGCAAGGAAGAUACCAUCAUUGAUGCAGAAAUCAGAACAUUUUCGGUUGCAUGUUUUGAUGACUAUGGUGGCUUGAUGGUUCCGUUAUUUAAUGUAUCCCUGAGUGGUAUUGGAUUCAGUUUACAAGGACGGCCUGACUACUUAAUUUCCAAUGUCAACUUCUCUCUUUCAAUGAGGUCAUACAAUGACAAGUAUGAGUCUUGGGAGCCUGUGGUAGAGGCAGCUGAUGGAUUUUUGAGGUAUCAGUAUGAUAUGCAUUCCCCUGUCGCUGCUACACAGUUACGUCUCACUUCAACAAAGGAUCUAAAUGUGAAUGUUUCUAGUUCUAACAUUAAUAUGAUUCUUCAAGCUUAUGCUAGCUGGAGUAGCCUCAGUGAAGUUCAGGAGUCCUACAUUAAAAGAGAAAUUAUUUCUCCAACUUAUAAGGAUACCUCAACUGAUAGCGUGCAUCACAAAAGAAAUUAUUUUAUCAUUCCACAAAACAAGCUUGGUCAGGACAUUUUCAUUCGGGCUACUGAAAUCAAUGAGCUUUCAAGUGUAAUCAAGAUGCCAUCAGGGGAUAUGAAGCCUCUCAAAGUCCCGGUACUGAAAAAUAUGCUGGACUCUCACUUCCGAGGGAAUAUUGGCCAAAAGACUCGUACAAUGGUGACGUUGAUGAUUGCAGAAGCACAGUUCAAAAAACUGGAUGGUCUAUCUUCUCGUCAGUAUGCUGUAUCAAUACGCCUUAGUCCUGGAUCUGUGCUGUCAGAUGCUACAGAACUGUAUCAGCAGCAAAGUGUACGUACGUGUGGGCGCCACUCUGAGUCUUGCAGUUCUUCGGAGCUUGAAUGCGUUAAAUGGAGUGAAGUUUUCUUCUUUAAAGUUGAUUCUCCGGAAAGCUACCAGUUGGAACUUAUUAUGACUGACGUUGGAAAAGGUGAUUCGGUUGGAUUUUUCUCAGCCCCAUUGAAGGAGAUAGCUGCUAUGGAAAGUUCUUCUCAUAAUGAUGACAAUGAAUGGAAAUGGAUUGAUCUAUUUCCUCCAGAAUCAAAGAUUUUAACUAAGGGAAAGGGUUCAACCGGAUCACAAGGGAGAUUAUUGGUUUCUGUUCUUUGGUCAUCAAAACAGGAAGUCGAAAACAGGAACCAGUCAUUUGCUGAUGGUAGGAAGCCUGGGUUUAUCCAGAUUAGUCCUUGUAGGGAAGGACCAUGGACUGCAGUAAGGUUGAAUUAUGCUGCUCCUGCCGCUUGUUGGAGAUUAGGCAAUGAUGUUGUUGCAAGUGAAGUUAGUGUCCGGAAUGGCAAUCGAUAUGUAAAUAUCAGAUCCCUAGUCACAGUACGCAAUGAUACUGAUUUCACACUUGAUUUGUGCCUGAAAGCAAAGGCCCCAAUUGAAUCCAAGAGAACCUGGACUUCUGACAUGUCUAAUUUAAAUGAUGAAAGGAAUGAAACAGUGGAAUUUUUUGAAAUAGAAAAAUGUGUACCAAAUGUUGGUUGGGUUUGUUGCUCUGGAAAGCCUAGUAAUACUCAGUCAGCUGGUGGAGUGCCUGACACGGGAAUUUCUGGGGUACAGCCGCCAUCUGACUGGAUAUGGGCAGAUGAUUGGCAUCUUGAUGAGGCGUCAGUGUGUAGCACCGGUGGAUGGGUUUAUGCACCAGAUCAGGAAAGUCUAAAGUGGCCUGAGUCUUAUGAUGCUGGAAGUUCUGUGAAUCAUGUGAGGCAACGCAAAUGGAUACGAAACCGGAAACUGAUCUUAAGUGAUGCACAACAACAUGUAUCCGUUGGGCUACUUAAGCCUGGUGACUCUGCUUCCCUUCCUCUUGCAUGCGUAACGCAGGCUGGCUCAUACGUUUUGCUGCUACGACCGUUAAAUUUUGGAAUAUCAGAUGAAUAUGCUUGGAGUAAAGUUGAAAACCCUGUUCAAUUACAGGGUUCUAGCCAACCUCAAAAAGAAUCUGAGAUUUGUGUGUCAGAUCUUGAAGAGUCUGAGAAAUUGCUGUACUGUAAACAUGUUACUGGAACCUCUUCUAGUGGCUCCCAUAAAAUUUGGUUUUGUAUGAGUGUGCAGGCUACAGAGAUCGCAAAAGAUAUUCGCUCAGAUCCUAUCCAGGACUGGAGUCUUGUGGUUAAGUCCCCCUUAAAUAUUGCCAAUUAUCUCCCCUUGACAGUUGAGUAUUCAGUUCUUGAAAUGCAAUCGAGUGGUCACUUUGUUGCACGUUCUAGAGGGAUUUUUUCCCCUGGGAAAGCUGUAAAUGUCUACGCUGCUGAUGUUACAAAAAGUUUAUUCUUGUCAUUGCUUCCACAAAAAGGGUGGCAGCCGCUGCAUGAAGCUGUUCCCAUAUCUAAGCCUAGUGGAGCAUCAUCCAACACUCUGAAUUUAAAAAAUUUAAUUUCUGGAAGGAUCGUCCAAGUUAUUCUGGAGCAAUUUCUCGGCAAAGAACAAACAGCAAUGCCAAAGUCUGUCCGGAUUUAUGCCCCGUAUUGGUUCUCUGUUUCCAGAUGCCCUCCGCUUACUUUUAGGCUAGUUGACACGGUUGACAAAAAGGCAGAAAAGUUGAAGUCAAGAACUAGCAAUUCCGAAAUAAGUGGGAAAAUAACAGAAGAUGAACUCCAGGAAGGUUGCACUAUUGCUUCAUCUCUGAACUUCAAAUCUGUGGGACUACAAGCAUCUAUUGCCCAUGAUGGAGCAUCUACUUCCCAUGCUGGUGAUGAUUUUUUUGGCGCUAUUAAAGAUCUUUCUCCACUCGGUGACAUGGAUGGAUCACUGGACCUGUCAGCUAUUGAUUCUGCCGGUAAUUGUAUUCGGCUCUUCGUCACCACUAAACCAUGCCCAUAUCAGUCCAUUCCCACGAAGGUGAUCUCCAUUAGAGCAUACAUGACUUUCACUAACAGAACAGGUCAGGAUGUUUUCAUUAAGUUGAGCAGCAACGAUGAGGAGAAGAUCUUAAGGGCAUCGGAUUCAAGAGUGUGCUUUCUUUGUCAAGAAACAAGUGAUUGUAACAAACUCCAGGUUCGCUUGGAGGAUACGAAAUGGUCAUUUCCUAUUGAGAUUCUUAAGGAAGACUCCCUCUCUUUAGUUUUGCGAAAAGAAUGUGGUGAACGGAUAUUUGUAAGGACAGAAAUUCGCGGUUAUGAGGAAGGGUCACGUUUCAUUGUUGUUUUUCGUCAAAGCUCAAGAAGCCCUAUCAGGAUUGAAAAUAGAACGAGAAAGACAAUCAGCAUCCGUCAGAGUGGAUUUGCUGAUGAAUAUUUGAUCCGUCUGACACCUUGGUCUACAACAGACUUCUCUUGGGAUGAUCCAUAUGGUCAAAAAAGUUUUGAUGUUAGUGUUUAUAGUGACAGUGGUGUGAGCACUUCAACACUCAACUUGGAAACUGCUGCCACGUGUUCAUUAGAGGGAGCAGGAGUACAAUUUCAACUGACGGACACUGGUAAAUUCACAGUCGCUCGAUUCACAGAGGAGCAGGCGUCCAGGUUGAGUACAGAAGGAAAUGACCAGAUAAUGAUUGAAAAUGGGGAGAGUCUUCAGAUGCAGAGAAUUGUGCGAAAUACUGUUCCACCAUUUGAACUUACUGUUGAGCUUGGUGUACUUGGUCUUUCUGUUAUGGACCACAGACCUAGAGAGCUUUCCUAUUUAUACUUGGAGAGAGUCUAUGUUGCAUAUUCCACUGGCUGUGAUGGUGGAACUUCAAACAAGUUCAAGCUUAUCUUGGGUCAUUUGCAACUUGACAAUCAGCUUCCCUUGACAGCGAUGCCUGUAUUACUAGCACCUGAUCAUAUUGAUAUGCUGCAGCCAGUAUUCAAAAUAACACUGACCAUUCAAAAUGAGAAUACUGAUGGAAUUCAAGUGUAUCCAGAAGUGUAUAUACGGGUAACUGAGGAGUGGUGGAGGCUAAAUAUUCAUGAACCCAUUAUAUGGGCUGCAAUGGAUUUCUACAAUAAGCUGCAGCUUGAUCGUCUUCCAGAUAACCCAAAUGUCACACAAGUUGAUCCAGAGAUACGAAUUGACCUGAUAGAUGUUUCAGAAGUAAGGUUGAAAGUGGCACUGGAAACAGCACCAGCUCAAAGACCACAUGGGGUGUUGGGAGUUUGGAGCCCCUUAUUGUCGGCUAUUGGCAGUGCAUUUAAAAUUCAAAUUCACUUGCGGAAGGUUAUGCACAGAGACAGGUUCAUGCGAAAGAGCGCUGUGGUUCCUGCCAUUACGAAUCGGAUUUGGAGGGACUUAAUACACAAUCCUCUACAUCUAAUACUAUCAGUUGAUGUACUAGGCAUGACGAGAUCUACUUUAGCUUCCCUAAGCAAAGGUUUUGCCGAGCUUUCUACAGAUGGACAGUUUCUACGGUUACGUUCCAAGCAGGUGUGGUCCAGAAAAAUAACAGGUGUAGGUGAUGGAUUUAUCCAAGGAACUGAAGCUUUGGCACAAGGUUUUGCAUUUGGUGUGUCAGGAGUAGUCAGGAAGCCUGUUGAGAGUGCUAGGCAGAAUGGCGUUCUAGGACUUGCUCAUGGUCUUGGGCGAGCUUUUGUGGGAUUUAUAGUCCAACCAAUGAGUGGUGCCUUAGAUUUUCUUUCGUUAACUGUUGAUGGAAUUGGUGCAAGUUGUGCCAGAUGUAUUGAAGUUUUAAACAACAGAACCUCCCUCCAAAGAGUCCGAAAUCCCCGAGCUAUACGUUCAGAUAGUAUUCUUCGAGAAUAUAAUGAAAAAGAAGCUCUUGGACAGAUGAUUCUUUGGCUUGCGGAAGCAAGUCAUAACUUGGGAUGCACAAAAAUCUUCAAAGAACCCUCCAAAUUUGCCUUGUCUGAUUACUAUGAAGACCAUUUCAUGUUGCCUCCACAACGGAUUUUGUUGGUGACAAACAAAAGGGUUAUGCUUGUUCAGUUCAAAGCUUCAGAGAAUUUGGACAAAAGAUCUAGCAAGAUUAUGUGGGAUGUUCCCUGGGAAGAUCUACUGGCUCUUGAGUUGGCCAAAGCUGGAAGACUUCAACCUUCUCAUUUGAUUCUUCACCUUAAGAACUUCAAGAGAUCUGAGCCAUUUGCUAGGGUUAUAAAAUGCAAGCCUGAGGAACAAUCUGAAGACGAAGAACCAUUAGCAGUUAAAAUCUGUUCGUCAGUGCGGAGAAUGUGGAAAGCCUAUCAAUCUGAUUUGAAAAGUUUAUCUUUAAAGGUACCUUCAAGCCAGAAACGUGUGCACUUUUCUUGGACUGAAACUGGUAAGAAAGAUCUCAAGAACCAGACCAAGGUUACUGUUAUGUCAAGGGAAACAUCAUCGGCAUCGUCUAGUUCUGUCUCCCAUGAGACAAGGUUUGUGGAACACAGCAUCAACUUCACUAAGAUUUGGAGUAGUGAACGAGAAUCUAAAGGCAGAUGCACAUUGUGUAGAAAAAAGGCUGAUGAGGAUCAAGGCAGAUGCAGCAUCUGGAGACCAACUUGUCCUUCUGGGUAUGUGUCUAUUGGGGACAUAGCCCAUGUUGGUGGUCAUCCACCAAGCGUUGCUGCUGUCUAUCAUUACGAUGACCAAAUGUUUACACUUCCUUUGGGAUUUGACCUGGUAUGGAGGAAUUGUGAAGACGAUUAUGUCACUCCCGCGUCUAUAUGGCUUCCACGAGCACCCGAAGGAUUCAUAUCUCUAGGAUGUGUGGCUGUCGCAGGGUUCGACGAGCCUGAACCCAAUGUUGUUUACUGUGUGGCAGAAUCAUUAGUCGAGGAGGCAGAAUUCGAAGGAGAAAAGAUUUGGUGGGCCCCGGAUUCAUAUCCAUGGGCAUGUAACUUGUAUCAGGUGCAGAGUACUGCUCUUCAUUUUGUAGCUUUGAGACAGUCUAGGGAAGAGUCUGGAUGGAUGCCAAAGAAGGUGCGCGAGGGUGCGGCUUCUUCGCCAAUCGCCACAUCACCACCCGGGACUUGAUGAGUUGAUGUUGUACUAUUGGUAAUGUUUUGCAAAUAGUUUUCAAUUUUUACCCCUUUUCUAUUGGUUUUGUACUCCUGUGCUUGUUAUUGAUGUAUAUAUGUCAGGAAACUUCGCCGGAGAUACUGGUGUUGAGAAUAAAGUGUAUAUGCUAUUAUACAUACAUGUAAAUUACGGAGUUUUGUUAGUCCGGGAAGUGAAAAUUUUGAACUGUUGAGUAUAUCAAUUGAUGAUUGUAUUAUUCUUUUGUUUUUUGGAUAGGCAAAUGACAAAUGUAUCAUUUGUCAUUCUAACUUGCCAUUGUAAAUUCGUAACAGAGUGGUUAAGAACCUUAUAGAGUUACAGACAAUGUACACUUUCCUUAUCUAAGGAAAAUAUAAAGUAUCACUCGUAAAAAAUUUAUUUUACUUAUGAA